UUUGUUAUUCGGGGGUGAAUAACUAAUAGUCUAAUACUCCAUUCGUUUCACUCUAAGAGCCUCAUUUUGUUUGGGCAUGGAAAACGAGUCUAUUAGAAUGAGACGAUGAGAGUAAAAUAUAUUUACAUAUUUGUUUUUUUGACAUAAAUAGUCGCAGUGAAAUAUAGAAACUAAAGUGGAUGUAGUCAACAAAGUUGAGAUAGGCAAGAUCCGAUCGCUCCAUUAAUUAAUUAGUCGGAGAAAUAUGGCGGAGGCAAUGAUAUUAUCGGCGGUGGAAAAGCUGGAGACUCUGCUGGUCAAGGAGGGCGCUUCCAUCGUCGGCGGUGGGGAGCAAGUGAGAGGUCUGAUAGAUGAUCUGAGAGGGAUGCUGCCUCUCCUCACAGACGACAGCAGCACCAAGGAGCUGGCUCACGAGGCGGACCUCGCCAUUGACACCUUCAUCUCCAGCCGCGAGGAUAAGAGAAUCCGUCCUCGCAGAUCUCGGAUCGAAUUCCUCACGACGAUCGACGGCAUCCGGAGCAGCCUCCGAGAUCUGAAGAAUGAUUUUUCUAGAUCUUCGGCUCCGGCGGAGGCCGCCAUGAGAUCAUCAGGCCUUCAACCACCCCCCCGUCGGAACAUUCUAGAAUCCCAGGUGGUGGGCAUGAAGGAGGAUGUGGAGUCGCUGCUUCAAGAAGCGAUCUUCUUCGACGAGGCCGCGGCGGCGCGAUGGCUUGCCGCCUCGUGCAUCGUGGGCAUGGGGGGUGUGGGGAAGACGACUCUUGCUCAGAUAGUAUACAAUCAUGAACGCGUGGCCUCCGAGUUCGAGCUCCGCGCUUGGAUAUGUGUGUCGAGUGAAUCGUUGAGUGCAGAAGAGGUGCUUAAGGAACUAAUUCUACAGCUGGGGAUCGAAUACGAGCAGCCGGAGACGAAGAUGGUGGAAGCGGACGACCGUAGACGCCUCCGUGAUAUGGUCUUUCUACACCUGCGGAGCAGACGAUAUUUCAUAGUUCUGGACCACGUUUGGAGAGACGGAGACUUGGAGUUUGUGUUGACCGCUUUUCCUGAUAACGAGAAAGCAAGUAGAUUGCUACUGACCAGUCGCAUUCGGAAUAUAAUAGCGCAUGCCCACUACAUUCAUGAGAGGAAAAUUCUUGAUCCUAAUGAGAGUUGGCGAUUGUUCUUGAAGACUGUAUUCGGAGAGUACACUAAAUGCCCGACCCACUUAAAGGAGAUUGGGAGAAAGAUCGUUGCCAAGUGUGAUGGUUUGCCGUUGGCAAUAAUUGAAGCCGGAGACAUGUUGUCGGAAAAGGAACAGUCGGAGAGCGAAUGGGAGAUUUUUCUGGCAUCGAUGGAUUUAAGUUCAACAUCAGCAGUGUUGGAGUUGAGCUACCACAAAUUGCAGUCUCCAACAAUAGGGUCGUGUUUCUUGUAUCUGGGCUCUUUCAUGGAAGCUAAAACUAUGAGGGUCGAAAAAAUGGUACAAGUUUGGACUGCGCGAGGAGAAGAGAGAAACGAAACCGAUGAGGAGAUUGCAACGAAAUAUAUAGACGAAUUGAUUAAUCAGUCCAUGUUGGAAGCAAAAGAGAGGAGUGACAAAGACAACCGAGUGAAACACUGCUACAUCAAUUACAAUCUUCACCGGUUAGCCGUCGCAAAAGCAAAGGAGGAGAUACGGUUUGAGAUCCGAGGGAAGAUUAAUGACGAUCGAAGCUCUGUCACUGUCAAAAGUCGUCAUUGCGUUAUGUAUUGUAGCAGAGACGAGUUCGAUUACUACAGCAAUCAUGAUAAACAUCUUGUUUCUCUCAUCUUUCGUGGAGGGGGCAGCUUCGACGCUACGUCACGUUAUUGGAUGAGUUUCAAACUGCUUAAGAUACUUGACUUCGAAGGUUUUGGUUUGAAAUCCUUACCCGACAUGAUUGGAAAGCUGAUUAGCUUAAAAUAUUUGGGAUUGAGAAACAAUUUCAUAAAACAGCUUCCACGCUCGUUGGGCCUGUUGGAGAAGCUUGAGGUUCUUGAUAUAGCACUAAACUUCAUGGUGGAGGUCCCAAACAUUAUACGUGAAAUGAGAAGCCUUCGUCACCUCUACAUGUCUGAUAUAAUCUGUCUGCUGCCUUUGUGUGUCGAUGCACUGAAGAAUCUGCAGACCUUGACCUACAUAUCUGUUGAUAAUUGGGAAUUUCUGGGCUCAGCCUUCAAUUUGAUGCAUAGUCUCCGCAAAUUGGGCAUACAAGAACUGGAUAGAGCGUCGUCAGUGAGAAAGCUAUUCGCUACAUUGGCUCAUCUGAAGAAUCUUGAUUGCCUCUUCUUAAGAGGGUCUCCUUACAGAGGCAUGCUUUCACUGAACAAGCUCUGUAUUCUAAAGCGUCUCACUCGACUCAAACUGGAUGGUCUCCUCACCGAGUUACCAAGUGCCAUUAAUUUCCCUCCAAAUAUUCGUUACUUGACCUUGGUUAAUACCUGUCUUGACGAAGACCCCAUGCCAGUGCUCGAGAAGCUACCAAAGCUCGUCUUCCUCAAGCUGGGGAAUGCCUUCACCGGUGAGAAGAUGACGGUGUCACGUUUCAGGUUUGCAGAGCUCGAAGGCUUGUGCAUUGGGGAGUUGUGGAAUUUGAGGAAUUUACAAGUUGGAGAAGGUGCAUUGCUGAAGCUGAAGAUGUUAGAAAUCAAGAGCUGCCCGAAUCUGGAGACUCUCCCAGAGGAGAUCAAGUUGAGGGCUAAUAAUCUGAAGGAGUUGAAGAUGGUGACGACCAAAGGCAUUGCAAGAAAGAUACUGGACGCCGGCUUGGGCUCAAUAUCUAGGAGAUGGCAUGUGGAUAUCAAGCCUUGAAACUGGGAGUCUGAAAAUAUGUUGAAAUUUGCAUUUGGCUUUUGGCAUUUCCUUCGGCAGCUACAAGUAUUUGUGCUUUAGGAUAGGCGUUUUCUGUCGAAGGUGGUUCAGGCGGAAAAGAAGGUUGCCGCAUUGCCAAAUUCAGCUGCCGUUUUUGGUGGUGGUUUGAGGAGUCCAGGCCAUGAGAAUUGACAAUGUGUGAGGAAAAUGAACAUUAGUGAGUCUUUGAAAGAUGUUUUUCUUGAAGCGGAAAAACUUAGAUACAAUCGAGUUGACCCACACCCAUAAUAGUGUUAAUUAUGUGGUUCGAGUCAGGAUGCGGGUUCGGGUUAGAGUCAAGGUCUAGGUGUGGGUGUAAUUCGGUUGUACGCAAUGACGGAGCUAGAAAUUUAGUUGAGGGGGACUGAAUUUGUACACCUGAUUGUACCAAGACCACCUCUUCUUGAUGAAGUUAAUUUAAAUCUAGUAUUUCAAUAGGGUAAAUAUCAUGAAAACUCCU